AUGGAAAUUGAAAAAAAGCAGGUGGAUUGUAUCGAAUCGAUAAAUGAAAAAUUUCGUUGUGAUUGUAGUGUCGAUGAAAUUGGUGAAAAUAAAGCAGGCAUAAUCUUAAUUUGCAUUCGUCAACUUUUUCAAGAUUAUAUAAAAGCAAUUGAUAAUGAAAAAAUAAUUUUAAUUCUUUCAAAAUAUCAACAAAUAAAAGAUGAAAGCAAAGAAUAUUUAUUAUUAUUGUCUAAAAACAAUAUAAUUAAAUUGUAUCAUGGACAAAGAAUAUGUAAACAAGAAUUAGAAAAGUUACAAAAUUCAAUUGGAAAUUCUAUAUCACCAAAUGGUUUUCUUUCAACAUCAGAAGAUCGUCAAAUUGCAUUAAUGUUUGCAGGUGAUAAUUCAUUAGAUAGUGUCUUAUUUGAAAUGAAAAUCGAUCCAUUAAUUUUGGAAAAACCAUCUUUUUUUUUUUAA